UAGCAUUCGAAUACUCCCGCGAAUAUUCCCGUCCUUUUCAAAUUCCUCUCUCUAUUCGUUAUCUAUCCAUUUGUUUUUCUAUUUAAAUCCAAAUCCAACAACCUCUGUAUUAAACAAAGAUGUCGACCUAGAUUUUACCCAUUUUAUUCUUUUCAGUUUCGAAAAAUGAAGAUAAUACCGAUGAUGAUGAUGAUAAAUUUGGUUUUGCUUAGUUUUUUCUUGGGGAGUUUCUUCAUUUUGGUGAAUGGGGAUAUUCCAUCAACACUUGAUGGUCCAUUUGAUCCAGUUACAGUUCCGUUCGAUGAUAAUUUCCGUGGACAUGCUGUUGAUUUGCCUGAUACAGAUCCUCGUGUCCAACGAAAUGUUAAGGGUUUUGAACCCGAACAGAUCUCUGUUUCUCUUUCGGCUUCUCAUGAUUCUGUCUGGAUUUCUUGGAUUACAGGGGAAUAUCAAAUUGGGGAUAAUGUGAAGCCUCUGAAUCCGAAAACUGUAGGGAGUUUAGUUCGUUUUGGAACGCUAAGGUUUCCAUUGUUUCAUGAUGCUACUGGGCAUUCUCUUGUUUACAAUCAGCUUUAUCCUUUCCAUGGUCUUAAGAAUUACACUUCUGGAAUCAUACACCAUGUUCGCCUCACAGGCUUGAAUCCUAGCACACUGUAUUAUUAUCGCUGUGGAGAUCCUUCCAUACCAGCUUUGAGUCCUCUGCUUUCUUUUAAGACCAUGCCAAUUUCGUCUCCUAGGAGCUACCCUGGGAGAAUUGCAAUUGUCGGAGAUUUGGGUCUGACAUACAACACAACAUCCACAAUCGACCACUUGAGAAGUAACAAUCCUGAUCUUGUGGUGUUGGUUGGUGAUGUAACUUACGCGAAUCUGUACCUUACAAAUGGUUCUGGGUCGGAUUGCUAUUCGUGUUCGUUUAAAGAUACUCCUAUUCAUGAAACCUACCAGCCUCGUUGGGAUUAUUGGGGAAGGUACAUGCAGCCUCUGAUAUCUAAAGUUCCGAUAAUGGUGGUAGAAGGCAAUCAUGAAAUAGAAUCCCAAGCUGAUAACAAGACAUUCGCAGCUUAUAGUUCUCGAUUUGCAUUCCCUAAUGAAGAAAGUGGAUCUUCCUCCACAUUUUAUUAUUCAUUCAGUGCAGGUGGCAUACACUUCAUUAUGCUUGGUGCCUACAUCGACUAUAACAAGUCAGGGGAACAGUAUAAUUGGUUGGAAAAAGAUUUGGCUAAUGUGGACAGAUCAGUAACUCCAUGGUUGGUCGCAACAUGGCACCCACCUUGGUACAAUUCCUACAAACCUCAUUACAGAGAAGCCGAGUGUAUGAGGGUGGCGAUGGAAGACUUGCUCUACUCGUAUGGUGUUGACAUGGUUUUCAAUGGACAUGUACAUGCCUAUGAAAGGUCCAAUCGUGUCUAUAACUACUCACUGGAUCCAUGUGGUCCUGUUUACAUCACUGUUGGAGAUGGAGGCAAUAGAGAGAAGAUGGCUGUCAAACACGCCGAUGAACCUGGUAACUGUCCAGACCCAUCAACAACACCAGAUGAAUACAUGGGUGGCUUCUGCGCAUUUAAUUUCACCUCAGGCCCUGCUGCGGGUAAAUUCUGCUGGGAUCGACAACCUGAUUUUAGUGCAUACCGAGAAAGUAGCUUUGGUCAUGGCAUCCUAGAGAUGAAGAAUGACACACACGCUUUAUGGACAUGGCACCGGAAUCAGGAUUUGUACAACAGUUUUGGUGAUCAAAUUUAUAUUGUAAGGCAGCCAGAUAGGUGCCCAGUUCAACCCAAGGUGAUAAAAUCUCGGGUUGUACAUCAUUUAUUUCCCAGCAGAUGAGAAGCAUCUUCAGGUUUUUAAAUGGUUACAAAUCAAUCACCAUACUUACCAUAGCUAGUUACCCAUAGCUUGUUACUUCAGACGAAACCCCCGGACUGCUAGAGGGGAAUACAAUUCGAUACAAAGUGCCAGAAUUUGAUAUAGACUAGAGAUUGAAAUGAGCAGAAAAAAUUAGGUAGUUACUAGUUUCCUUGAUCCAUGGAGAUGGAAUUGUUUAUUGUACUAUAUUUUUUAAAAAGGUGCUGCACCCGACCGUCUCUUGGUGUCCACCCAUUGGAAUAAGGGUGGAUAACCCAGGAAGGCGAGUGGAUAAUUAGUGUAGUCAGGAUACAUAUAUGUACUAGUAAGAAAAUGUAAUAUCAUAAGAGUAAAAAUUUACACAAUGAGGAUCUUAAUGUGUUUGAAUAUCUUUUGUA